GCUGCAAAACCCGUGACUGCUGCUGCUGCUGCUGCUGCUGCUGUUCGCUCACUCUCUGUACCUCUGUGUUGAGUCAUUGUGAGGAGAUGUCCAUGUGUAGAGGUAGUGCUGUCACUGAGCAAGGACCGUUACAAAAGGGAGGACAAUGGUUAUAAUUUGACCUCUGAAAGACUCCGACAGAGGACAUACUGGCGGGAGCAUAAACUGACAUGAGGCUCUAAAUGGAUAUGCACAGGAUAGAGGAUCUGAUCUGCCUGAAGCUGUGGAGUGACUGAGUCAAACUGAUGGACAGAGAAGAAAGAGAGAGAUUGAAGAAGGCGGCACAAUGACUGUCAGGAAUCGGGAAUUCCUGAUCGACCAAGGACAAUAAGAUGACACACCAAAAAAAUGACACCAGCACAACAACAAACAUGGAGCAUUGCAGGCUGACAGUUUGCUGGUAAUGAGAGGGACAGAGAGAACAUAUGACGAGCCUGGCCAGACUCCCACCAACAGUGCCAGCUGGUCACUGCUAAGCAUGCUGGGGUAGCAGCACUUGGCACUCACUGACCGACCAGCGGAGGAGAUGCUACAGCUAAGUAUGCUGAGACAUUGGAAACCAUACAGCUGUGUGUAGAUCAGUGAUGAUGAUGAGACGAAGCCAGAGAAGAGGCCAGAGGUUUGUCAAGGCAGACUACUAUGAACUGGACUGGUACUAUGAAGAGUGCACUGAUGUGUUGUGUGCUGACAGAGUGGGCCAGAUGACGAAGACCUACAGCGACAUAGACGCUGUCACUCGACUGCUGGAAGAGAAAGAGCGUGAUCUGGAGCUAGCGGCACGUAUCGGACAGUCGCUGCUGAAGAAAAACAAAGCCCUCAGUGAGAGGAACGAGCUGCUGGAGGAGCAAGUAGAGCACAUGCGAGAGGAGGUGUCUCAGCUGCGGCACGACCUGUCCAUGAAAGAUGAGCUGUUACAGUUCUAUGCCAGCGCUGCCGAGGAGAGCGAGGGAGAGUCUACCACCUCCACACCUGUGCAUCCCACUGAAACCACUGUUCCUACUCCAACAUUUUUCCCCCUGGACUCCCUGCAGAAGAAACUCAAAGAUCUGGAGGAGGAAAACAAAUCGUUGCGAUCUGAGGCCAAUCAUCUGGAGAUAGAAACCAUCUCCUACGAGGAGAAGGAGCAACAACUUGUCAAUGACUGUGUCAAAGAACUACGUAAUGCCAACCUGCAGAUGUCCUCUCUGGCCGAAGAUCUGGCCAGGAAGUCUGAAGACGCCUCCAGACAGCAGGAGGAGAUCACACACCUCCUGUCCCAGAUAGUAGACCUCCAGAAGAAGGCCAAGCUGUAUGCUGUGGAGAACGAGGAGCUGACUCAGCACUUGGGAGCAGCCAAAGAUGCCCAACGACAACUCACUGCUGAGCUGCAGGAGUUACAAGAUAAGUAUGCAGAGUGUAUGGAGAUGCUCCACGAAGCUCAGGAGGAACUGAAGAACCUGAGGAAUAAAAAUCUACCGCUAAACACACAGAGGCGGUUCCACUCUCUAGGAUUGUUCGCUAUGGACUCUCUGGCAGCAGAAAUCGAGGGCACCAUGAGGAAGGAGCUUCAGAUGGAUGAUCCAGACGUAGAAGAGCAGAGACUGCAGCCGAAGCGUGUGUUCCAGACAGUGAAGAACCUCAACAUAAUGCGUCAGCAGCGUUCAUCGCAGGCCCCCUCCCCGCACAACAUCCCGGGAUCCAAUCAGACGUCGUGCUUGACCUCGGGCCGCUCCAGCAGGGUGGGCACACCCAACUCCAACUCCAUUUAUGGUAGCGAGACGGGAAGUGGGAUCAUCCUGGACAACAGGACAAGCAGUAUCCUGGAGGGUCCAGAUGACGGGUUGGAGGACUCGAACAGGCGCCCCCCUGGCACCCCAGGGACCCCAGGCAGCAGGGACCUGGAGGCGGCCCUGCGGCGUCUGUCGCUCCGCCGUGACAACUACUUCUCAGAAAAACGUUACUUAGAAGACGAGAGGGAGAGAAAGCUGGCCUACCUGUCCAAAGAGGAUGAAAAAGGAGGUGGGGAGGGUAGCGGAGGCCCAGGGACCCCGACUGAAAGCCUGCUGUCCAUGUGCUCGCAUCCCUCCAUUGGAAGUGCCUGGUCGGGAUACUCAUUCACGGCAAGAUCCUACCUGCCGGAUAAGUUGCAGAUCGUAAAACCGCUAGAAGGCUCCGCUACACUCCAUGCGUGGCAGCAGCUGGCUCAACCCCACAUGGGCGCUCUGCUGGACGAUCGGCCUGGUGUGGUCACGAAGGGCUUCCGCACUUUAGCACACGAGCAGGGACAGGAAGACAGGUGGGAGCUGGACCAACCAGAGGAGGACGAGGUCCUGUGUGACUCCUUUCUUGGCAUGUCAGAAGAAAGGGCCGCUCAUUUGGAUCUGCCGUGCUUUACCUCUACUCCCACCAGCUGCUGCAAGAAAAAUAGCAACUUCGCUGACAAUAGCCAAUUCGAAACAUUGCACCCAGAAAUGUGUGGGGCGAAAGAAGCGGGACCCGUUGGAGCCAUGCCCCUUUCCUUAUCCAGCCUCUCUCCUUCCCCCUCUCCUUUCCCCUCUUCUUCUGAGAUGAUGAACGGGCACGUGGUCCAGAAGGAGCUCCAGGCCUCACAGCCUGCCACAAUGGAUCGCAUGCCCGUUAAUUUCCCAGGGAAAUGUAUGUCCACCACUAGCUCCACCUACACCUUCACCACCUGCAGGAUUCUCCAUCCGUCUGAUCAGCUGACCUCAGUGUCCCCGAGCCCAGCUAUAUCUUGUUACAGCAGCACUCGUGGCAGCACCCCUACUUCCUCCUCUUCUCCUAUACCCUUCUCUGCCCCAUCUACACCUUCUUACACCCCCUGCUGCACCCCACGGCGCCUCUCCCUGGCUCUCUCCUUGGCUGAGUCCAGCACCAACCUUAGGGACUCCACCAAGACCACCAGCACCUCUCUUGGCCUGGUGAACCUCUUGCUGGAGCAUGGGAUCUCUGCAUCGGUGUAUAACCCCCUGAGCUGGGACCGAGGAUUGGUGUCCAGUGGAGCUUCGACACCCAGUGGAAGAGUGCCGGUGCAGCGGUGCUCGGAUGCACCAGGGGAGGCAGAUGUCAGACAGGUGGGGAAACGCCCAGAGACCCUUCUCCUCCAGCCCUCCACCCCACCCAACUCCCCUCGCUCCAAAUCAUCUGCCUCCACCACCACUUGCCCGGUUUUUCGGUUCAGUCCUUCCACUGAUGACCAUCCAUUCUAUCAGACCUUCCUCGCCUCUAAACCAGCUCGUAACAUUCUGAGGGAAGUUCUGGCGGAGAUGGAGAGGGAGCGAGGGGGCCAGGCAGAUGACGACAGCCAAACAGAGAUACUGAACCUAUGCCUUGUGGACAAACUGAAAAGUUUCCGCACCCUCACAGCUGCAGCCUCAUCUGGAAAUCCUCUUAUAGCUCCCUUUGGUUCCUCUGGCCUGGGGAACAGUGCUCUGGGUGGGGGGCUCCCAGGACUGAAUGCAGGACUGAGGAGGAAUCGUAGCUAUCCUGCCAUGGUGGGGGCCAGUAUGGCUAUGAAGGACCCAGGAGGUCCCCCCAACACAGAGAUACUUAUACCACACACAAUGCAAACCCCAAGUACACAGCACACAAAAGACAUGGGCAAAAUACAAGAAACGGGCAAAAAACUAACAAAUCACACUCUGGCCUCAAAGCCCAUAAACAUACCACAGACACUACAUGCACUGGAGACAGUCACACCACAGACAAUAAUACAAAGACACAGCAGGCCGACAAGCAAUGACCAACACAGUGAUGAUGAAACUGUGACAUAAAUAGGCAAUGUUCAUUGUAAUUACACAUAUUACUACACACAAGCUCACACGUUCAUUACAUGACUACACACACACCUGAACCAAAUAUCAUCCAUCACUACACAGAGAUCCUUCAGCCAUGGAGCAAACAAGAUGAUGAACCACAGUUCCCUCACAUACUCAACUAAACAACAAGUCGUCAUUGCUAGCCAGAGAACAUUACAGCUAAUUGAAUCAAGCCAUAGACUGUAUCUAAAGAUGUACGACAUGACCACUCCCCAAAAAUGAAGCCAAAGUGUCUGGAUCGCCACCUGGUCACUGGCUGCUGGCUGACUGCUCCAUGUUAGUGGGUGGGACAUGAACCAUGAACUAAAAAGUAAAAGUCUGUGAUUUUAGGUAGUUCUUAUCACACCGAUGCUUGAUCAAGUGUUCAUUCUGGUCAUUUUUGUUUUAAUUGGUUAUUUUAUGCCAUAAAAAUGGAGUAAUAUAUCAUGAUCAAACUUGUCUCGCACUACUGUGGCCCCAUCGCUACUGCGGAGUGUCCACCUCCAACUGUGCUAAAUGGCAGUGUUUGUAUUUGUGAUAUUUUAUCUUCAUUUCUGGAUAGUGGGAGGAAGUGGAGAUGUAUCGUCCAUCUUUAUUUACGGUCUGUGAUCAACAUAAGCAGUGAAAUGGUGGUGAAUGAACCAGUAGUGGCUGAAACUGUUGCACUGUGUUAUACUCAUAAUGUCAGGAUAAUGAUGAUGCAGUCUGUUGCCUUCCGAUGGUCUUUGUACUCGUAUAUUGUUAAAGCAAUAUACUGUAAUAUACAUAUAUAUAUUCAUAUAUAUAUAUAUAUAUGUAUAUAUAUAGUAUCACAUUAAAGGCCCAAUCUGGUAAAAAUACAAAAAAAAGCUCUUUUCCCUACUUAACAAGUCCUCUUUUGGAAUAAAGGCAGCAACAUGAAUUUAAAAUAUACUGUAAUGACCGGAUAUAAGAUUGUUUAUUCCAUGACUACACAAUUGCACAUCAUAUCAUGUGUGGUAUGUAAGCCCAAUUUGUCUUUCUGUAACACACAAAAAGUACAAACAACAAUCGUGAUGUUUUUUGACUUCUGGGUUUCUCCGUUUUUUUAAUCUGGCCUUUAUAAAAACACCAUUAGUCUAAGAAACAAGCUGAGAGACUUGUCUCAAUGUCAACCAAAGAUAAGUCUAAAAACCUCCUAAAAACAUUUUGUCAUCUUAUAUUCGUGCCACUAUUGUAUUUUUAAGCCAUUUUUGUGUCUCCAUUGUAUUGCAAUGAAGUUAAAUGAAAAUUUUAAAAUCACAUACAGUUGCAUUACAGAUUCAUUUCUACCAGCAACUAAUUUUUUUCUCUCUGAAAAUGUGAUAUGUAAUUUGGAAAAAAAAAACUUGAUUGGGCCUUUAAUGUGACUGAAUGUUCUUAUGUGCCUAAAAAGAGCUAACAUACUUAUUCUCAUAAAAGUACGUGUCUGCAUCUGUUUUAUUUGAUCAAUUUUAAUAUUUGCCUCUUGUUGGAUGAAGUGCUGUUAAGGAAGUGAAUGAGGAUAAUCGUGCUUAUUAUUAAUUAAAAAGGCGUCUAAACUUUCUGAGGGAUCUGCACACUUUUCAUUUAUGAUUGAUUACAUCAUUUUCAUCUUUUUUUCUCCCAGUGAGUUUUGGCUAAGCUUUUCCCAUUCGUUUAGAAAUCAUGAAAACAUGUAGCACACAACCGGCAAUACAGACCAGGUCCUGCUCUCCAGAUACCUUGAUAAAACUUAACUUUUUUGUUUCUCAUUUUGGGGCACCACCUGUCUUUGUAUACCUAUCUAGUCUGUGUAAGUUUGAGGAGGAUGUGAACGGCAGGACAUGGACACAAACAUGCCAAUAGAGCAAAAUGCUGAUGGGAUCUGAAAGAUCAGGAAGGAAACUCUGCUGCAGUCCGAACUGUAACUCAAUGCCAAAGUUACACCCAAAACUGAUUUUCAUCACAGAUUCCCUUUAUUUCAUUGCUGGUGUAUGCAAUCAUGCAUUCAUUUUAUCAACCUCAAAUGUAAAGUGUAUGGGUGAAAUGUUAAGCACUACAAGGCAUCAGCGGACGUGUGUUUUUCUGAAUGUAACUGUAAGAAGAGUGACUUGAAGCAUAGUUUUAAGAAGCAGAGAUUUUAUCAAAUUUUGUUUCUGAGGGGAAAUGUUUGGUCCAGUUCCUGUGUCCAGCCUCAGGAUCACCCAUCAGACAUUUUCUAAACUUUUUUAUAAUCUUGUUUGGAAGGAGAUAAAAAGAACACUGGGACUGGGCCACUGGCUGCUUGUCUGGCUGAAUUAAAGGAUGAAUGGCUGGUGCUCACGCUGGCAGUGAUCUGUUCAAAUCCUAAAUGAUAAAGGGAUUCAACUUGCAAUGCGAGAUUAGCGCAAAUAAAAAAUAUAUUUAUUAAAAACUUGAAUUGUUAGAGACAAAACAUAUUAUUGAAUAUCUAUUGUGUAUGUUACAUCUUUUUUGAUCUAUAUUUUCAACUGUCUCUGUCACAUUUUGACUCAUUUUUAAUUGGACAAUUUUUUGUUAGUUAAAUGAUAAACACUUUUCUUCAUAACAGCUAAAUAUUUGGGAGAAAAAGACAUCAGACAACAAUUUACAGUAUUUAACAAUGAUAUAGUGCAAAGACAGACGAGUGUGUGUGCUGUUUGUGUGUGACACUUGAAUCAUCUGAAUGUAAGUUAUUACAAACUGUAAUCCUGCUGGGCUUUGUCUACAGUAUAUUGAUUGUUCUUUAUUAGUUUGUAUUAUCAGCCGAGAGGGAAUCUAUGCUUACAUUGUAAAUGUAUGCAACACAUUUAGCCAUGCUAACUAUUGUUUUUACGUAACUGUAGAGAAAUUGAGUCGUUUAUUUUGAAUAAAGAGGGAAAGAUACUUUCUGUUCAGGGACUGAAGUGUUCUAUUCUAAAGAAUAAGAAAAUAAAUGCAUAAACACAGAAUUGUUUUUCAGGGACUGAAUAGUUCUAUUCUACAGAACAGAUGUACUGUCAACAAGAAAAUAAAUAUAUAAACACUG